UUUGUGGCACUUCUCCUGCCUCAGUCUCCUGAAUGCUGGGGUUACAGGCAUGUGCCACCACUCCUGGUAUUUUUUACUAGUUUUAAUUAUCAUUUAUCUUAAAGUUUUUCUGAUGUAACAGCUUAGUGUCUUCAGGUUCUAACCUUUCUCUCUAACAACCUCCUUCUCUGCCUGCCCUCCUCCACUUUACCUCACCCAAGUCUAGCACCAGCUUUUUAAGGAACUUGGAAACUACUGGCAAGAGGUCAGUGGGGAUUUAGGAAGUCAGGGAAAUAAAAGUGUAAGGGGGAGGGGCGACAGUUGGCGUCAAGACACCGGAACCUACAAGGUUGCUGCAAAAACCAUUUGCAGUUUUUGCAAACAGCCUUAAUGUCAUCAGCGCCCCUCUGCGGAAUUCAAAGCUAAGCUUGUCACGAUUGUAAGCACCUUCUUUAACCAGCAUUUUUGUAUUUGACAAUUAUUUUCUCCUCUCGCCACCAGGAAGGUUCUGCUGCCUUGGUUUUAGGGCGUCCCCUGUCCAGCGAACACCCCGUUGCUGUGCAGUAGUCCGGAGAUGGUUUGUCCGGCUCUCCCGCUUUGUAGGAUGCCGGUGCAGCUGACCACAGCCCUGCGUGUAGUGGGCACCAGCCUGUUUGCCCUGGCAGUGCUGGGUGGCAUCCUGGCAGCCUACGUGACAGGCUACCAGUUUAUCCAUACAGAAAAGCACUACCUGUCCUUCGGCCUGUAUGGCGCCAUCUUGGGCCUGCACCUGCUCAUCCAGAGCCUGUUCGCCUUUCUGGAGCAUCGGCGCAUGCGCAGGGCAGGGCAGCCGCUGAAGCUGCCUUGCUCCAGGCGCCGAGCUGUGGCGCUCUGCAUUGCCGCCUACCAGGAGGACCCUGACUAUUUGCGAAAGUGCCUGCUUUCAGCCCAGCGAAUUGCCUUUCCUGACCUCAAGGUGGUCAUGGUGGUAGAUGGCAAUCGCCAGGAGGACGCCUAUAUGCUGGACAUCUUCCUUGAGGUGCUGGGCGGCACUGAUCAAGCCGGCUUCUUUGUGUGGCGCAGCAACUUCCAUGAGGUGGGUGAGGGUGAGACGGAGACCAGCCUGCAGGAGGGCAUGGAGCGUGUGCGGGCCGUGGUGCGGACCAGCACCUUCUCGUGUGUCAUGCAGAAGUGGGGAGGCAAGCGCGAGGUCAUGUACACAGCCUUCAAGGCCCUUGGCGACUCGGUGGACUACAUCCAGGUGUGCGACUCUGAUACUGUGCUGGACCCAGCCUGCACCAUCGAGAUGCUUCGAGUCCUGGAGGAGGAUCCCCAAGUAGGGGGAGUCGGGGGAGAUGUUCAAAUCCUCAACAAAUAUGACUCAUGGAUCUCCUUCCUGAGCAGUGUGCGGUACUGGAUGGCCUUCAACGUGGAGCGGGCCUGCCAGUCCUACUUCGGCUGUGUGCAGUGUAUUAGUGGGCCCUUGGGGAUGUACCGCAACAGCCUCCUCCAGCAAUUCCUGGAGGACUGGUACCAUCAGAAGUUUCUAGGCAGCAAGUGCAGCUUUGGGGAUGACCGGCACCUUACCAACCGAGUCCUGAGCCUUGGCUACCGGACUAAGUAUACAGCGCGCUCCAAGUGCCUCACAGAGACCCCCACUAAGUACCUCCGGUGGCUCAACCAGCAAACUCGCUGGAGCAAGUCUUACUUCCGGGAGUGGCUCUACAAUUCUCUGUGGUUCCAUAAGCAUCACCUCUGGAUGACCUACGAAUCAGUGGUCACAGGUUUCUUCCCAUUCUUCCUCAUUGCUACAGUCAUUCAGCUUUUCUACCGGGGCCGCAUCUGGAAUAUUCUGCUCUUCCUGCUGACGGUGCAGCUGGUGGGCAUUAUCAAGGCUACCUACGCCUGCUUCCUCCGAGGCAAUGCAGAGAUGAUCUUCAUGUCCCUCUAUUCCCUUCUCUAUAUGUCCAGCCUCCUGCCAGCCAAGAUCUUUGCCAUUGCUACCAUCAACAAGUCUGGCUGGGGCACUUCAGGCCGAAAAACCAUUGUGGUGAACUUCAUUGGCCUCAUCCCUGUGUCCAUCUGGGUGGCAGUUCUUCUUGGGGGCCUGGCUUAUACAGCUUAUUGCCAGGACCUGUUCAGUGAGACUGAGCUAGCCUUCCUUGUCUCUGGGGCCAUCCUCUAUGGCUGCUAUUGGGUGGCCCUCCUCAUGCUGUAUUUGGCUAUCAUUGCUCGGCGAUGUGGGAAGAAGCCAGAGCAGUAUAGCUUGGCUUUUGCUGAGGUGUGAUGUAGCCCCUAAGCAGAAUGGGAAAAGUGCAAUGGGUAAGGGAGGGGAGGGGGAAUGAAAGAGAAAAGACUGGGUUGGGGGGAGGAGGGAGUGCUGUGUUUUAGUUUUAAUGGUCCAAAGGGACAAAUCUGAAAGGCAGAGAAUGGUGACUGUAGUAUGGCCUGGGCUAGGCAGCUCUCCUCAGAGGAGCUGACACUGAUUCUUCAGGCUCAGGGGAGAGGGUGUUUGUAUGUUUUAAGGGUGCUUGUCUAUUUGCCCCACACACAAGCAGUGGCCUCUAGGAAGGAUCCUGCCUCCUCCCCUGGGGUCCAGAGAGAACUCAGAAAUGUGCCAAACCAGAUGAUAGUUCCCUUCCAUGCCAAUUUCUGGUAAGCAAACAGUGUCAUCCUGUAGGAAGGGGUUCUCCUAGCCUAUGUGAACAUAACCAGAGGUGGUAGAAUUUCCACGGAGAGAUCUGAGCCAAGUAAUGUCCCCUUCCUCUCCCUACUGAUCAUCAUCAGUGCAGUUAAGAUUGUGCCUGAGAUACAAGGCCCAGAGGCCUGAUCUUUGGGUAUCAGGAAACAGGGUCCAGGAAUGGUGCUUUAAGUGAUCUACCCCACUCUACAUCUUAACAUCCCAUGAGCCAAACUAGUAGGAGUUAGCAUUGAACUGCUUUUCUAUUUUAUUUUUUGCAGUAGUGGGGACUGAACCCAGGGCCUUCACAGUGAGUUAUAUCUGCCCCUCCCACACCCCAUUUUUUAAAAAUUAUGAGACAGGGUCUCACUAAGUCACUGAGGCUGGGCUUGAACUUGUGAUUCUCCUGCCUCAGCCUCCCGGAGUGCUGGGAUUACAGGAGUGUGCUACCAUGCCCAGCUAACACUAAACUGCUUUUAAAAGUGCAUAUUGAAAAGGAAAGUUUGCCAGGAAGAACAAAGAGAUUGUGGUGGAGCUGAAGACAUGGAAGCCUUGGAAUGAAUGUGUUCCACUUGGAAACGGAUCAGAUGACUUCUAGAUGAAUUCUGAACUUGUCUGUGAUCACUGCUGGGAAAAUAAAAUGUUUUAGCCAUCUACCGGGAAGAUUAAACCCCAAUAUGUGAAGCAAAGUCUUGGAUAUUUUAACUUGUAUACUACUGGACUCCUCUCAAAUUCAGCUCUGAACCGAAACUAGAUAUUUUAUCUUCCUCACUUCACUUUCUUCAAAGACAUUUUUUGGGGGGAUUAAAUGGCCAUCACCUCUUCCACCACCAUCAUCCUAGGAAAAAUUUUUAAGGUGGCAAUUGGUGAAGAGCCUAGGCUCUUACAAGCCUCUGUGCAAUAGGCAAGCCUGCUCUCUACACAUAUGAGAAGAAUGUUGGGACCCUCUCUUCAUACUGGCUGCCAUCUUGGAAUUGGACAGAAUCCUUGGCAGCUUGUUAACAUGUGUGACUUUCACACUACAGUUCUUGACAGUCAUCUCCAGUUGAAAGGUUUUCAGUGUUGCCAAAGUGAACCCUCAAAUCGAAGCUGGCCAUCUGUAAGACUACCCCAUUCUCCACAGUGGCUUUUCUAGGGAAUUUUUUUGGAGGGUGGUCCUGGGGAUUGAGCCAAGAAGUACUCUGCUCCUGAGCUACAUCACCAGCCAUUUUUUUUUUUUGUGAGACACAGUUUUGCUUAGUUGCCCAGGCUGACCUCAAACUUCUGCCUCAGUCUCCCAAGUAGCUGGGAGUGCAGACGUGUGGCACAACACCCAGCUUCUCUCGAGAAUUUGUUUUUGCUUUUUUGGUACUGGGGAUCAAACUCAGGAUUUUGUGCUUGCGAGGCAGGCUGUGGAACCACUGAGCUAAAUCCCUGGCCCUUCUCUCGAGAAUUUGUAAAGCCAGGUUGUGGAUAGUCACUACUGCAUUUGCUUGCUUUUGUCCAGAAACUAUAACUAGGAAAUGGAAUUUGUUCCUAACAAAGGUUCUUGCUGUUUUACACCCCCUGGGGCUGUUUAAUUUCCCUCUACUGUUUUGGGAGUGAGGGGAAACAAUCUAGAGAUUUGCAAUCCAGACUGCGCAACUUGGGGUUGGCUCGGCUUCUGGAAUCCUGCUAAGCCCUUGACUUAGGGACUGUUCACUUUCCAAAUGUCUUUUCUCAGUGGGACCAGCUAACCCCUCAAAAUCAGUGCUAAGCUGGAGAGUAGUAGAGGGGGGAAAAUUUAGUGUGUCCAGGUGCUUCCUACAAAGGAACCAAGUGUUCUUUGAACCAUAGAUGGGCAAACCCUGAUACUUUCUCUCCUAUGAAUUCAAGGGUUUUCCAGGAGUAGCUAACAGCUGCCACAUCACAUAGACCUCAAGCUUCUAGUAAAACUGCUGGUUGAUCGUCAGGCCCAACAUACGAUGUUUGGGAAGCAGCAGGGAUUUGCUAAAGGCAGUUGUUCCAGGUUCUUCCGUGUUUCUGCUGGCCAAGAAAUAAGCUAUUUUGAGCAUUACAGCGGAGGAAGUCCAGUCAGCCAACUCCUCAGUUAAGACUUCGCUAAGGGCUUUUCUUCAGCAUUGACUUGAAGAAUGAUGGACUCUGAAAACUCCUGGCUAUCCUACCAUCAGCUCUGCCUUGCACUGUGGUUAUCAACUUUCAGAAGAAGGCAAACGCUGAUAGUGAGCUCACAACGUUUGACCUCGUCUGGUUUUUCUAAGUUAUUUUGUAUAUUUCAGCAGCAAAACCAAACUGGGUCUUCAGCUUUAUCCCUGUUUCUUGUAAGGGAAGAGCCUUUAUACAAUUGGACACAUUUUGGUUUUUCCUCAUUGAGAAUUUUAACCCUCUUUUAUAUUUCUACAGUAAUUUGUAAACAUAUUUAUUUUUGCCUGAUUUUUUUAAGAAGGAGGGAAGUGUAACAUUAAAGUUGGGGAGGGAAUCGGAAGGGAGGCAGCUUUACUUGGUGACGGUGUUCAUGUUCACGCUCUUGCCACUUCCACUGAGAAUGUGUGGAAUCUUCUGGGCUUUCUGCUUGUCCUGCAGCACCAUCACUGUGCUCAGGGGGCACAUCACUAGAGCUCAUUCUUCAUUUGCUGCUCCGUCUUCACCUGACCUGAGCCUUUCCUGAGAAGUAGGGGGACAGCUACCAGAAAGCCACCUUGGGUGUGAGUUUCUGGCCUUUGUGGUCCAUGUAUUCAGUCUUAACAUUGGGCCUGAAGCAGUCUUUCUCCUUGAAGUCUUGGGUGAAACAGGUGGGUACUCUUCCCACCUGGUGUACUUGUCCAUAAUAGCCAUCAUGUCCUUGAUGCUGUACAUAGCUGAGUGCAGGGACUUGUUGGGGACCUUCUGCAUUGCGGCCACUAGCCAGCCCUUUGUUCUGACAUGGGAGCAGGGCUAUGGAGAAGGCAGAAAAGUCCUGCUGCUGCUUCUCAUUCAUUCAUUCCUUCUCAUUCAUUGAUCAUGCUCUAGCUGACAUUCUCUUCUCUGUCCACUUUGGAGUUACCGCUGGCCGAGCACUCCUUGUCCUGUUCAAAGCCCAUGAGGGGAUAGCUUGCAGCUGGGGAUGUCCCCCAAGGUGUAGCAAAAUUGAGCUGGUUGAACACAACCCCCCUUUCUGCUCAGGAUCUUCCUCUUUCCAGUUCUGCUAGCAAGAUUCCAGCUUCUUCACAAUCUCCACCAUCUUGCUGUCUCAGCUGGCAUCCAUUCUCCAGCUACUUCUGUAGCUCCAGCUUCACCUCGUCCUUGUCACAAGUAUGUCCAUGUCCUCUGCAGGUGUUGUCCUACAGCAGAGGCUGCACCAUGAGCUCUUCUCAUCCUCCAGGGCUGCCUCCUCCACUUGGGGCACUCAGCUCCCACCCGAAUCCUGCAGUCGAACCAAAGUCCCUAUCCCAAAUUGGCCCCCAAGAUGCAACAAGUCAUUUGCGCACACUUCCACUUUCCUCUUGCAGACUUUCUUCAUCUUCCAUGGUCCUUUUGAAGGUGACCAUCUCUGGUGGGAGGCACAAAGGGUGAGUGGAGGCCCUGUGGGUCUCAGAGACAGCCUGCAGCUGCAUCGUGGCCCAGAUCUCUUCCCACUCACAUUCCCACAGGUCACUGGCCAUGCUGCCCUAGGAAGAGUAUGGCUGCUCCCCCUCCAGCUCCUCGACUAACUUGGCCAUGAUAGACUGAAGUUUUUGCUAUUAUGCCAAGUCCUCUGUGAUCUUGUUCUCCGCAUAGGGCAGAUAGGCUGCUGCUUCCAGAGCUCCAUGUUCUCUGCCCACUCAUCCACCUGGUUUGUGUUCACCAGCACAUCCUCCUCCUGCAGCAUACCUAGGUCCUUGAGGGUGAGGACCAGUCUUCCCUGCUCAGAGGGAAUCAAUGGCAUGCUCCAUUGUGUGGCCCUGCAGCUCCUCAGCACUGUUCAGAUCCUGCUACCUCUGAAGCUCCUCCACGUGUACUGAUGCCAGUAUUCUUGGUCCAUGCCCAACAAGAGCUUGGCUUUUUGUCAAGCUCUCUUCCUACAUGCUGACUCCUCUCAAUCCAGGAUGCAGUGUUGGCAACCCUGGGGUCAACUUCUCCCAGUGAUUUUUUUUUUUUUUUUUUUGGUACCGGGGAUCGAACUCAGGUCUCUGUGCUUGCCCAGCAGGUGGUGAAACCACUGAGCUAAAUCCCUGGCCCCAACCAGUGUUUUUCAUCUUCCCCAACUUUUGAUUUGGCAGGUGCUUUUCCUUGGCAGCGGCCAGCUUUUGUUUCUCAUGCUGUUGCAAGGCCACAGAAUUGACAUUGGCCACUACAGGCUCCUCCCUGGUGCCUGCCUCUUUCUCCAUGACCUUGACCUCUAAGGGUUUCAGCCCCAACUUUGCCUGGAGUUUACUGGCCUCCUAGAUGCUGAAUGAUUAGCAUCUAUCUCCUGAGCUAUUUUUGGAGCUGGCAGCAGCCUCAUAGCGGUCACGCUCCCCACUUCACACCCUGUCCCUGUACAGGGCUCAGGCUGGCUGCAAUCCUGGCCAUGGGUGCCUCUAUAGGCCUUGGCUUCUGACCCGCGCCACCUCAUGAUACUGGCUCUGCUUCUAAUCUUCACUGCUGCCACUCUGGUGCUUUUUUUCCCUAUGCAGUGUCACCCCUGGGCUGCCUCUCCGCGGUGCUUUUAUAACAACCCCAUGGUGCUACCUCUGCCCAGAGCCGGUACCUCUCCCCCAACUACUUCUAGGAAUACAUGGCAGCUGCUGUCCUAUUGCCAGAAAUCGAGUGGUUACUUCCAACAGGAGUCUUUUUUUAACUUUUCAGGUCAAAAUUUUUAUAUUGCACUUAUUUGUCAAAAUAAAAAUUCUCACAUAAUGCUGGUGUGGUAGCUUUCUGUUGCGGUGACAAUAACUGACAUAAAUCAACUUCAAGGAAAAAAGGUCUGACUCAAAGUUUCUGUCCAUGGUCCAUGGCUACCUAGAUCCAUUGUUUCUGGGCAUAUGGUGAGGCACUUCAUGUUGGGAGCAUGUGGUGAAAAAAAGCUCAUUUCAAGAAGGCUAGGAAACAAAAGGGGCAGGCAACAAAAUAUACCUUUCAAAGCAUACUUCCUUAUUUCCUCCAACUAGGCCCCACGUCCUAGUUUUCACUACCUCCCAACAGCUUAAGGCAUGUAUCCAUUGAGGGCAGAGUGUUGAUCCAACUACCUCCCAUCUCUGAACACUGAUGCACUCAGACUACACCUCUGACACAGCUUUGGGAGGGCAUCUAACAACCAAAGCAAUACAGCUUGUAGCUCUGAGCUACUGCCUCUUUGUACUCAAUAAAGCUCGCUCCUAGGGCUGGGGGAUUUAGCUCAGUGGUUCCACCGCCUGCCUCACAAGCAGAAGGACCCAAGUUCAAUCCCUGGUACCAAAAAAAAAAGAAAAAGAAAAAAAGCUGGCUCCUUACACCAAUCUCAGAAGGGCUGGAGAUAGAAAUGGUUUAAUCAGUGUGGUUCAAAAACAGGAUAAAGGUGUCCCAGCUACCUGGACUGUGGAAUACAGAAUGUACUUCUCAGUGGCAUAACUUAUUGUAGAGACGAGGCAGGGUCUGUGGUGAACUACCUGGCUGAGUGAGCAAGCAAGCUAAGGCUAAAAACCAAAAGCUUGCUUCUUC